ACCGCGUAUGAAUUAAACAAUAUUAUUCCACAUAUAACGAACACUAUUUUAAAAAUGUCAUUUGUGUUUUAUUUCGAUUUUAAAGCUUUUUAAUGAACCCACACUAAACUAGAAAAAAAUGUUAUAAUAUGGAAGUGCUCAACAACUGUUAAAUAAUAAUUCACGACGAGUCUGACAUGUUAUUCGCAGAAUCAGUUAUUUAUUUAUUUCCUUUUUUGUUUGACAGAUGUGCUAACAGAGACCAAUAUUUCAGGUAACGUUCGCCUCGCAGACGGAGAUGUUAAUUGGGGUCGAGUAGAAGUGUUCCACGAAGCGAAUGGGGGUCAGUUUGUAAUAACGACAUAAAUAAUAACUUUGUGGACGUUCUUUGCAGUCAGCUCGGAAUGUACAAAGGCCAGUUUUUGAGCAACUCCGAGUUCCAAAAAGGUUUGGAAAAAGUCUGGAUGAACACAUUCGAGUGUAUGGGUGCUGAAUUAUCUAUUGAGAAUUGUACCAAUUGGAGUGUGAGUGAUGACUAUAUUGAUUACAAUAUCGAUUGUAAUUUUCACGUUGGUGUUGUAUGCAACCCUAAAGACUGUCCGUCCCAACAGAAGAUAGAAAAUGGUAAACUUGUAACAGAUGGAUCAACAUCAUACGGAUCAAUUGCUCGAGUGAUUUGCGACACGGGAUUCCGUGUUUCAAGCAACUUAACAAACGGUGGCGUAAAAUGCUUUCCUCAUGGUGAAUGGGAGACAGUAUACUGUGAACGCAAUAGUAAGCUGAUUUUCGUUACAAAUGAUCAAAAAGCUGUUAGCCCAAAGACAAAUUUGGCUCCUGUCCAAUGCCUGUCAAACACUGAUUUUAAAGGGGUUCAAUGGCCUACAGUUGAUGCAGGGAAUGCAACAAGGAAAAACUGCACGGACGGAUACUCUGGUAUUAUAACUAGGAGUUGCAGUGCAAGUGGUUAUUAUGAAAAACCUGUGUACAACUGCACAACGCAGGCUAUCAGCGCGUUAUUUAACAAGGUUAAAGACAAUAUGAGUGUAAACAUCAAAGAAACAAUCGAUGAUUUGAGGAAAGAAAUCCGCAUCAGUUCAGAAGACAACAACACCAAUUCUGGGGAUAAGACGGCACUUCGUGUUGGUGAUAUUGAAACGGCGACAGAAAUAUUGAAACUUAUUACUGACCGAUUUGAAGCAAAUACUUCUGCCACUGAAAAUGUGACAGAUGUGACAGAUUCUUUCGUCGAUGUCGUGGCUAAUCUUAUUAGCAAUAGGACAACACAUUCAUGGGGAGCACUAUUGGACAAGGGCGGGGCUGCCACAGUGAUCAAUGUACUGGAUAACUUUAUAUCCAAAGUUGUUUACACCAGUGCUGUAUCAAAACAAAAUUUGACCGUUCGGAAAGAAAGCAUUUUUCUUGAAAUAGGCUCUGUGGAGCAAUGCUCAAAGAUAAAGUUUCCUAAUAGCGAGAAAAACGGAAACGUUCCAGAGUGGGCUUUGACGCGACAUGACACUGUUGAAGUUGCAUGCCGUGGAAGUGGUGGACUGACGUUUAGUGGCUCCCUCUUCAGGAAUAUUACGUCAAUAAUGUCGUCAAAAACUAAAGACUCGAGGCAUAUGGAAAUCAAUGCCCCGGUUCUUGCGUUCAGCGUGCACGAUUCCACAACGGCUUCUGGUGCACAGAACGUCACCUUAGUAUUCGAACUAUUUAAUACAGACUUAAGCAAACCGUCGUGCAGCUUCUGGGAAAAGGGUAAUUCAAGUGUUGAAGGUUUCUGGUCUAGCGACGGAUGCGAACUAGUGGAAUAUAACCAACAGACUGGACGUGUAACCUGCUCAUGCAAUCAUCUCACAAACUUUGCUGUCCUGAUGAGUCCAGGCGUUACAGUAGAAAAGAUCCAUCAUCAGGCUCUCAGUGCUAUAACAGUGGUUGGAUGUUGUCUGUCCCUGGCAGGUCUUGUAACAACGUCAGUAAUUUACGUAUACUGUUGGAGGAUGGUAAAGUCAAACCGAGCCACCUUGCUGUUAAACCUGUGUGUAGCUCUGUUAGUUGCGUAUCUAGCGUUCCUCAUAGGAAUUAAGCGCACACAACCAAUGGGCGCUUGUACAUUUACCGCCGUGUUGCUUCACUACGUAUAUCUCGUGGCAUUCUUCCUGAUGUUGGCAGAGGCAGGCGUUAUUGCGUUGAUGGUGCUGAGCCCGCUAACCAAGACGGAUAGCGUCCCAUACUUCUUGGCAGGAGCAUAUGGUAUUCCUGUCGUAAUUGUUGGUGUGUCCAUGGUCGUGACACAGUUGGACGGUUACGGCAAUGAAAGAUUCUGCUGGUUGUCCGUGGAGUCAGGUCUGUUUUGGGCGUUUGCAGGACUAGUCCUUGCCAUAGUCGUGACAAACCUGAUUAUCCUGGUGCUCGUGUUGAAACAAUUGUUCGGAGUUGCCGCCAUGUCAAAGAAAACAGACGCUGAAAAAGUCAAGACCGGUGUUCGUAGUGUGUGUAUUCUACUUCCCGUGCUGGGACUCACCUGGGUGUUCGGCAUUUUUGCAGUCAACAAGGACACGCUCGUCUUCCAGUACUUGUUUGCAAUCUUCAACAGUCUGCAGGGGUUCCUGAUUUUUCUGGUACAAUGCGUGUUUGACAGAAAAGUACGCGACGCUCUCCGUCAGAGGAAGUUACCAUGGUUUACAUCUACCGACGUUCGUACCGGAGACACAGAGAUGAGGUCUACGCAGAAAUCUACAUAACACAGUGUCAGUGUGCCCACAUCGAAACGAGAGUCAAUACAAAGUAUAAGGCGACUCUACUGAUAUGAUUGAUUUCAUAAGUGUUGUAUUCGCAAUAAUUGGGUUGUAUCCUAAUGGCAAACCUUAUGCAAUUUUGCAUGACCGCUUUUAAUAUGAUUAAGGUGUAUGUAUUUAUGGAGUUUGAACAGUUUGAAAAGUAGUGAAUAUGUAGUGCAAAUACACUUUCAAAGUUUUGUGUAUCUUAUUUUGUGUAAUUUAUACUAAAUAUUUUGCAUUGAAGAGCUUUUCAUUACAACAUGUUGUUUAAAAUUAUGACAUAAUUUUGAUAAACGACAAAGGACAUGAACUUGUAUCAAAACAAUCUGGACUAUGGCGUUGUAUCACUUCUUUGUUGGCUUAGUUUGAUAGUAGAUUUUGCAAUGAAAGUUUGAUCGUGAAACAGUCAGAACAUUUGACUGUGCUUGCAAAUCAGUUGUCUAGUAGAUAACCAUAAUCGUUUUUUUUUCCUAAAAUUAAUGCAAUGUGUAUCCUCGUCAGAUAGAUAUUAGGAUUGUAACGUCUGUUCAAAAAGUAUAUUGGUGUUUUAUUUUUCUAUAAAUAGUAUUUGUAUAAAGGCGUAUUUAAUUUCUCUUUUAAUUUAUUUACUUUCUUAAAUUUCUUAUAAAUAUGAUGAUUAAUGUGUAUGUUUUUUUUCCAUAACAUGUAUGGUUUUAUUUUAUUUAUUUUCUCUUAUGGUUAAUAAAGGUAAAAAAGUUCAA